AUGAGGAGAGAGAGGAAUGAAGUCCUCGAAACACCCAGACUCAGCCGACCCCUGACUUUGGGGGCCAGGAGACAGGCAAGAUGCUCAACUGGAAGCUGCUGGGGAUCCUGGUCCUUUGCCUGUUUUGCUGGAGGCAUCUCAGGCAGGGGAGACCAUCCAUCUCCCUCAUCCACAGAGCCCUCAGAGGAGGAGGGUCCCCUGACAUUGCCUCAGGGCCCCCCGAUCCCUGGUGACCCCUGGCCAUGGGUACCCCCUCUCUUUGAGGACCUUCCACCUCCAGGCCCCAGUCGUCCCUGGAGAGACCUGCCUGAAUCUGGAGUCUGGCCUCCUGUACCCACUAGAACUGAUCCCCCUCAACCUCCCCGGCCUGAUGACCCCUGGCCAGCCGGACCCCAGCCUCCAGAAAACCCCUGGCCACCUGCUUCUAAGGUGGGCCACGGAUCUCAGAAGGAGCCAGAUCUUGACCCACCCCAGGAGGAGUACAGAUCCCCCAGAGGCUGCGUCUUUGCCAAUGAGCAGGACUUAGAACAUUCAGAUGCCCUCAUAACAGCCAUGGACCUACAGAGAUCUGGAAGUCAUCUGAGUUCCUAUCUUGCCCAUAUGCAUAGGGAUGUGGAACUCAGCCAGUGGAGGGUUGGAAAUGCAACUAUCAGAGUUACAAGGACAUUCAGACCCACAUUUCUCCCAUUCUGGGAUCCCUAUUUUGGAGAAUGAGAAACCAAGUUAAGUCUCUCUUUAAUAGCUUAUGGUUUGCAUACCUCUGGCUGAACAUGAAAACUCUCCCAGGGGGAUGUGGGCAGGACUAAGUUUUAAGGGGAUCAAUUUCCAGAAGCAUAUGUGUCCCUUCCUAAAAUGAAUCUGCCUGAAAACUGUGUUCUCCUUUUCCACAUGCCUCCAUUAACAAGUGACCCUUCUCUCACUAGACAGAGGAAGGCCGAGCUCUCUCGCCCACCCUGAACUGAACCUGGGUGCUCUUCCUGGAGCUACCAAAUGAAGUCAAUGGAAAAUAAAAAUCAGCCCUUUCCAUCUCAUGAAGAGAUGAAUUUUUAGUAGAAGUUUACUUUUCUGUUUAAUCAUUGUCAA